UGGAGCAAAAAUGUGCGAGAAAGUGAUUCCUUGUGGUCUUGAGCAUCUUCGGAAUGUGCUGCAGAUGGAAACUGAGCGACGAGAUGCCGCGCGAAUCCGCUGCGCCGAUCUCGGCAGACAAAUGGAGUCCUUCGAGGCCAUGGCGGAAAUGGGCCGCCGCCAGCCGACGUCGUGCAUGGACGCGGCGGUGGACAAGCAGGCGGCCACGAACAACGCUCUCGCGGCCCAAGUGGCCACGACCAGGGAUCAGCUGGACGCCCUGUCGCGCUCCUUUCGCAACAUCGAAGUCUGCAGCAAGGAGUGCGACCUCAACAUGCGAGACCUCAUCGUCGACUACGCGUGCAUCACGAAAGCUGAGCUUCUGAAGGAAGUUAAGCGCUUCGAAAGGAUGCAGAUUGAUCUCAAGAGCAACAUCGAUCGUCUGCAGUUCAGGCUGGAUUGUGAGUCGAAGCAGUACUACUCGCUGCUCGAUCAGUUCCAGAAGCUCCAGAUUGAGCUUUACUACUUGCAGAACUUAGGCGACAAGUACUCGUUCCGCAGCUUUUUCGUGCACUAGAAACUGCGACUCUGACAUCAAAUGACUACCGCUGAAUGUUACUAAUGACCAAGAACCAAAUACAAGCAGACGAAUUACCUUUUCCCUCACCAACAGAGCAAUUAAUGUUUAAUUAUAGAAUAAUUGUGUCUGAAAUAGAGUUCUAAUUUGAAAGUUUCCAGUGAAUAAUGCAGUCCAUUAAGUGGAGAGGCUAAAAAGUGUGUAAUUUGUAAUUGAUCUCCGCCAAAUGGAGCGUGUGACUGUAAAUUAUUCACUUGUGCGACACAGGAAUUUAAAUAAAUUCACAACUUCCCCGAGGAGACAGACGUACAAU